UAAGCUGUGUUGUUGGAGGAAGGAAAGGAAACGGUGUGGCAAAGUCAGAAAUCUAAAACAUUAGAAAACAACACCACAUCCUUUAAAUACGGUACGAAGAAAUAAACGAAGAAAAGCCAACUGAGUCCAUCGUUUUUAAAGCGGGGGCCGACAUGUCUGAAACAUACGACUUCCUGUUUAAGUUCCUGGUCAUUGGAAGUGCUGGGGCAGGGAAAUCUUGCCUCCUGCACCAGUUCAUUGAGACCAAGUUCAAGCAGGACUCCAACCACACCAUCGGGGUCGAGUUUGGGUCCAGGGUGGUCAACGUCGGGGGUAAGACGGUUAAACUACAGAUCUGGGACACAGCCGGACAGGAGCGCUUCAGGUCUGUGACUCGUAGCUACUACCGCGGAGCGGCAGGGGCGCUGCUCGUCUAUGACAUCACAAGCCGGGAGACGUACAACGCCCUGACUGACUGGCUGACAGACGCACGGACGCUGGCCAGCCCCAACAUCGUCAUCAUCCUGUGCGGCAAUAAGAAGGACCUGGACGCGGACCGAGAGGUCACCUUCCUCGAGGCGUCCCGCUUCGCACAGGAGAACGAACUGAUGUUCCUGGAGACUAGCGCUCUGACAGGGGAGAAUGUGGAGGAGGCCUUCCUCAAAACCGCCCGUACCAUCCUCAACAAGAUAGAGUCAGGUGAGUUGGACCCAGAACGGAUGGGUUCAGGUAUCCAGUAUGGAGAUUCUUCUCUGAGGCAGCUGAGACAGCCCAGAGGUACCACCGCACAGACCAAGCAGCAGUGUAACUGCUAGGGGCCGGACCUCACCCUCACUCUUCAGCCCCACUCGCACAUGCACAGGACGUGCCCUAAAGCUCGAGGUGUUUUGGGAUGUGCAGGACUCUUCCCCUUAUCCCUUCUGAAACCACUUACACACGUACAGCAUACCUUGACCAGUCGCCAUGGAGAUGACCUGCAACUCCUGACCAUUGGUAAGAGACUAUACUUCCUGCCAAGGGAGGUUACCCAGGCUCCUGGGUCCUAGGCUGGGAAACCCUGUGGUGUGAACUGUGCUGGGUACAUAAGAAGAAGAGUCCAUAUCUGGGAUGACUGUCAGGGUCAGGGGUUAUGUGUAGGGGAUUUCCUGUUUUUACCCUCCCUUUGUGGUUUUUAUCAACACAUGCUUGCACACACACACACACACACACACACACACACACACACACACACACACACACACACACACACACACACACACACACACACACACACACACACACACACACACA